AAGAGACAAGUGUUUAGUUUUGAUAAUGUAUUUCCUCCUGAAACUACUCAAGAAGAAAUUUAUGACAAAUCUGUUGAAAAUUUAGUUGCUAAAUUUAUUGAAGGAUUCAAUGUAACAAUAUUAGCAUAUGGUCAAACAUCUUCAGGAAAAACACAUACAAUGGGUACAGCUGAUAACCCUUCAAUACCUUUAGAUUCAAAAGGAAUAAUACCGAGAGCAAUGGCUACAUUAUUUUCUACCAUUAAUUCCAUACAUCAAUCAAAAACUGAUCAUAGAAAAUAUACAAUAAAAGUAUCAUUUAUUGAAAUUCAUAAUGAAGAUUUAAUUGAUUUACUUGGUGAAGGUGAUGAAGAAGGAAGACCUUCUGUACAAAUUAGAGAGGAUUCUAAAGGAAAUAUUUAUUGGAGUGGAUUACAAGAAAUUAAAGUUAAUAAUGUUGAUGAAGUUAUAAAUUAUUUAGCUAUAGGUUCACAACAUAGACAAGUAGGAGCAACAGAUAUGAAUGAGAAAUCCUCUAGAUCUCAUGCAAUAUUUUCUGUAACAAUGACACAACAAAAACUAAAUACCAAUGCUACUUCUCCAAUGGCCAAUUCUGUUAUGAGCAGUAGAUUUGAUGAUAUUGGUGAAUGGGUUACAAUUACAAGUAAAUUUCAUUUUGUGGAUUUAGCCGGUAGUGAAAGAUUAAAGCGAACAGCGGCAAGUGGAGAUCGAGCAAAAGAAGGUAUCGCUAUAAAUUCUGGAUUAUUGGCACUGGGAAAUGUAAUCUCAGCAUUAGGAGAUCCCAACAAAGCAAGGCAUACAACUCACAUUCCAUAUCGAGAUUCAAAACUUACGAGAUUAUUACAAGAUUCUUUAGGUGGAAAUGCAAAAACUUUAUUAAUAGCAUGUGUUUCACCAGCAGAAUAUAAUGUUAAUGAAACUGUAAAUACUUUAAAAUAUGCAAAUCGAGCAAGAAAUAUUAAA